CUCUCCUGACUCUGAGUUUGCACACUUCCUCGCCGACUGUAUCGGACCACUGGACUUCCUCAAUGCCGUGGUGCCGACAUCACUACCUCUAACAAAGAUUCCAUGUCGCCAUCCACCCGGCCGUCGCCCAUACAGCCGCCCUUUGAGACGACACCUACAAUGGCUAUGGCUCAAGCUCAAUCUCAGCGACGGUUCGGCGGGCAUCAUUUACAGGGCGUGCAGUUGCCUCCAAUUCACCUUCGAGGAGGACAUCAAAGCAACUACGGCAGCGGUGGCUCUUCAACUCAACAUGUGAAACUACCGCCUAUCCAGAUGCCGUCGCCUUCUCCGCCUCGAACGAAUCCUCCUCGAGCAAUCUCCGUGGCCCAGCUGCUCUCGCAGCCAUCAUCACCACCGCGUUCACGGCCGACGUUGCCAGCGUAUCCACGAUCGUAUCACCCAUCACCAACCAGUUCUUUCGCCAGCUCGCCCGUCGAGCCUCGAUCUCAACUGCCACCUUUUCCAUCGCAUCGACUCGAUCAUGCGCCAGCACCGUUCCGACAGCCAGCGUCUCUGUACCAGCUCGAAAACUCCGUGCAGCCGCCACAGCAUCAGCAUCAGCAUCACCACUUCCCGCGAUCGCAUCCACCUUCGCUACCAUCUCAUCCUGCUGAGCAGGUUCCAGUCAAGACUCAGCCAUACAGUCCCGCCCUGAGCGGCUAUUCUUCUCCUACUAGCUAUCGUAGCCACUCUGACGCUUCACCGCGAUCGUCUCUGCCGCCAAUUCAAGCCCGCCCACCUCCCAACUUCAACUACAGUCUCACCAUCCGGCAACAGCCCGUAGCCGCUCGCGCUUGCGGCUACGGCGAGCGCGAUCGCAGAGUCAUCGACCCUCCACCGAUCCUCGAAAUGAAGAUCACGGAUCCAGUGACCGGCUACCCAGAACUAGACUCGGACGCAACAUUUGCUCUGUACUGUAACCUCCUCAGCCCAGACUCCGAGGAAGAUGAGACCGAGCUCCCAUCGUCUCAUCCUGAUCUUCCACCCACCCGUCGCUUGAUGGGACAGACCGUCGCGUCCGCCUACCAAGCCAAAGACGAGCACGGCGUCGCCGGUACCUUUUUCGUGUUCCCGGAUCUGUCCUGUCGAUCUCCAGGUCGCUUCAGACUGCGCUUCAAAAUGCUGAGGAUGGAUCCGAUGCAACCGACACUCCCUUUGAAGACUAUCGCAACUGCGGUUACGGAUGUGUUUAGUGUGUAUACUGCCAAGGACUUCCCGGGCAUGAGGGCCAGCAGUGGACUGUUGAAGGCGCUGCGGAGACAAGGACUCUGCGUCGGGGUGAAGAAGGGAAGUGAGGCGCGGAAGGGCAAGGGAAAAGCGAGAGCCAAGAAGGGCGGAGGAGGGAGUGACAAUAGUGAGGACGAUGGUGGAGAAGACAGUGAGGGAAGUGAUGGGCUCAGCGACAAUGGAAGCCAAGAAGCCGUGGAAAGAAAGAAGAAGGGAAAGAGGAGGAAGACCCGAGAUUGAUUGCCCGAUCGGAGCAUGGUCGAUUGUGAAUCACUGCGAGAAAUCGAGACGAGGAUAGACUGGGCGUGUCAUGAUGGGAUGAAGGAAGACG